CAUUGAGGUGGCUGCUGGGAGUACGUAAAGGACCACCUCUGGGGUAAAUCAGACUUUGCUGGGGUUUCUUUGGGGUUACAGGUGGGGGGGACUGGAUUCCCUUUUAAGAGUUAAUAAUUAAUAAGCCGCUAGUCCUCGCCACAAAUUGAUGAUCAACAGGGUCUCUCUCUCUCCUCCUUCCUGAGCCUUUGUCACCUGGAAUGAGCCUCGGUUUUCCUGGGAAAAGGCCAGCAAUGAGAAGCAUCCUCAGCCUCACGUUCCUACUGACCAUUUGCCUUGUGACUCAAGGGAGCCCCAAUGGAAGGAAGAAGAAAGGGCAAAAACUGCAGCCAAUCUGGAGGAAGACGGAGGGCUGCCCGCACUUGGAGACCAAGUUCCUCCUGUACUCCGACCGGGCUGAAGAAGGAUGCCUGGUAGAGUUCAAGCAGUUGUCCAGCCUGGAGAGUUGCCGCUUCAACGCCUCCCUCCCUUUGGUGAUGAUUGUCCAUGGUUGGUCGGUGGAUGGAAGACUUGAAAGCUGGAUUUGGAAACUGGCCGAAGCUCUGAAAUCCCACCUCACACAGACCAAUGUGAUCAUCACCGACUGGCUGGCGCUCGCACAUGCGCAUUACCCCAUUGCAGUGCAGAACACGCGGGACAUUGGCCAAGAAAUUGCUCAGUUCCUCAGAUGGCUGGAGGAAUCGGUGGGCUUUUCCAGAAGCAACGCUCACCUGGUUGGCUACAGCCUAGGGGCUCACGUCGCAGGAUUUGCCGGCAGCGCCAUCGGGGGCACCAAGAAGAUUGGGAGGAUCACAGGCCUGGAUCCGGCCGGCCCCCUCUUUGAAGGCAUGUCUGCAACUGACCGCUUGUCGCUGGAUGACGCGGACUUUGUGGAUGCUGUACACACCUUCACCCAGCAGCAGAUGGGGCUCAGUGUGGGCAUCGAGCAGCCGGUCGCCCACUUCGACUUCUACCCCAAUGGAGGCACCUUCCAGCCAGGAUGCCACAUCAUGCAUGUCUACAACCACAUUGUCCAGUACGGCAUCACAGGUCUGGCUCAGACUGUGAAAUGCGCCCAUGAAAGGUCAGUCCACCUGUUCAUCGACUCGCUGCAUCACAACAACAAGCAGAUGACAGGCUACUGGUGCAAAGACAUGCAGACGUUUGACAAGGGUCAUUGCCUCAACUGCCGGGCCAACAGGUGCAACACGCUGGGCUACCAUAUCCGGAAGGCCAAGGUCCCUGAAAGCCGGCGGCUCUUCCUGAAGACCCAACCCCAGGAGCCUUUCAAAGUUUAUCACUAUCAGUUCAAGAUCCAUUUCAUCAAUGAAUUCAGACCGAAGCAGAUUGACCCAACGUUCACCAUCUCACUGACUGGCAGCAAAGACAAUGUUGAAAACCUCUCUAUCACUUUAGUUGAAGGCAUUACUGGAAAUAAAACCUACACUUUCCUUGUUCCUCUGGACAUGGACAUUGGGGAGCUGAUGAUGAUCAAACUGAAAUGGGAAGGGAUCGCCAUCUGGGAGAACAUCUGGAACACUGUUCAAACCAUCAUCCCUUGGACGAAAGGCGACCGCCGCCCAGGACUCAUUGUCAAGACUAUCCGAGUCAAGGCAGGAGAAACGCAGCGGAAAAUGACCUUCUGUUCCCAAAUUGUGAAUGACUUGCACCUCUAUCCAGGGCAGGAGAAAAUGUUUGUGAGGUGCGAACAGCUGCGGCGAGUGCAAAGUUGAGCCACAACCUGGAAGAACGGGUGCCAUUCCUUGAGAAAAGUUUCCAAGCUUUAACCACUUUGUUUAAAAAGAACUUCAGCAUUUUUGUUUCUUUUCAUACACAUUUGUGGAAAAGUAUAAAAAUCGCAAGAUGGAUCAAAAUUCCAAGAGCGUACAUAUAUCUGAGGCAAGGUUGAUUAGGAAAGGAUGAAUAAAGUGUGAAAUGAACUAACA